GGAGAGGGUGCAAGUGCGAGCGGCACACAACCCCGGCAACAUCUCGGCACACACCAGGCUGACACAGAGAGAGGGAGAGAGCACACAGCACCGGGCUCUCGCUGCACUCACCCAACCCCGCACACAUUGAUUAUUGGCUCUGAUAUAAAGCGGCCGGAAGGGAACGAAGCUGCUGUCAUUAUUUAGUUCUUGUACCCGCUUUCUUCUUUCCCCUCUAUUUUGUAACCAGCUGUGAAUGAACUGGACAAUGUUUGGGUUCCUUCUGCGCAGGAUAACGGCGCUCUUCUGGAUUUGCAUCAGCAGCAGCAACGCCAGUGUGGGACUGGCAGCAUCGCAGAAAUGCGACGAGCCACUGAUUGGGGCACUCCCCCACUCUUCCUUUAGUAGUUCAUCUGUGAUGUCAGGCAGUUACGUACCCGGCUAUGCGAAACUAAACAAGAGAGGAGGUGCUGGUGGUUGGUCACCUCUGGAUUCUGACCAUUACCAAUGGUUGCAGCUGGACUUUGGGAACAGGAAACAAGUCACUGCCAUAGCAACCCAAGGCAGAUACAGCAGUUCGGACUGGGUGACACAGUACAGGUUACUUUACAGUGAUAAAGGACGGAACUGGAAACCAUACCACCAGGAUGGCAACAUCUGGGCCUUUGCAGGAAACUCAAAUUCAGAUGGAGUGGUGAGGCAUGAUUUACAACAUCCAAUAGUUACACGGUAUAUACGCUUGGUACCACUGGACUGGAAUGGUGAAGGUCAUAUUGGAUUGAGAAUGGAAGUGUUUGGCUGCCCCUACUGGGCAGAUGUUAUCAACUUUGAUGGCUACAGUCUGCUGUCCUACAGAUUUAAAAAUAAGAAAAUGAAAACCUUAAAAGAUAUCAUUUCCCUGAAGUUUAAGACAUCUGAGAAUGAGGGUAUUAUAUUCCAUGGAGAAGGACAACAAGGAGAUUAUAUUACACUCGAAAUAAAGAAAGCAAAGUUGAUUCUUCGUGUGAACCUAGGUAGUAAUCAGCACAGUUCGAUCAAUGGUGACACUUCUGUGACAACCGGCAGCCUCCUAGAUGACUAUCACUGGCACUCUGUCAUUAUUGAGCGGUAUGGUCGCAAUAUCAAUUUUACACUGGAUCGGGAGACCCUGCAUUUCCGGACCAAUGGUGAAUUUGAUCAUUUGGAUCUUGACUAUGAGCUCAGUUUUGGGGGAAUGCCAUUUUCUGGAAAGCCAAGCUUCAAUGGAAAAAAUUUCAAAGGUUGCAUGGAGACUAUAAAUUACAAUGGAGUUAACAUCACCGAUCUGGCCAGGAGGAGGAAACUUGACACAUCUAAAGUGGGUAAUUUGAGUUUCUCUUGUGUAGAAUCUCAUGCCAUCCCUGUCUUUUUCAAUAGCAGCAGCUAUUUGCAGCUGCCCGGACGCAUGAACCAAGAUUUGUUUUCUGUCAGCUUUAUGUUUCGGACUUGGAAUCCCAACAGUUUGCUCUUAUUCAGUAAACUCGCCGCAGGUUAUGGAACAGUGGAAAUUGACCUCAGUGAAGGAAAAGUCAGCAUUAACAUAAGCAUCAAUCAGACAAAGAUGAACAGCAUUGAGAUCUCAGCAGGUUUUAACCUCAAUGAUGGACAAUGGCACACGGCCCGAUUUCUUGCCAAAGAAAAUUUUGCCGUUCUUACAAUUGAUGGUGAUGAUGCGUCUGCUGUUCGAACAAACAGUCCAAUGCAAAUCAAGACUGGAGAUCAAUACUUCUUUGGAGGUUACCCUGACGCACUAAAUAACACACAACCAAGUGUCUCUCGGCGUUCCUUUCAGGGCUGUAUGCAGCUCCUUCAUGUGGAUGAUCAGCUCGUUGACUUACAUGCUGUUGAGCAAGGGAAACUGGGACAAUUUACGAAUGUUAACAUUGAUAUGUGUGCAAUCAUAGACAGAUGCUUACCAAAUCACUGUGAGCAUGGAGGAAGGUGCACUCAGACCUGGGACAGCUUUAAGUGCAACUGUGAGGGGACAGGAUAUUCUGGUGCAACUUGUCAUAACUCUAUUUAUGAACAGUCCUGUGAGGCAUAUAAGCACCUCGGCAAAACAUCUGAUACUUACUGGAUAGAUCCUGAUGGCAGUGGCCCACUAGGACCAUUCAAAGUCUACUGCAACAUGACAGAGGAUAACGUCUGGACGACAUUGUACCAUGACUUGCCACAGCAGAGAACAAUUUUGGGAUCGACACCAGCAAAAUCUGUUGUUGUGAAACUGAACUACAGCACCUCACUGAAUCAUAUCUCUGCAGUUACCAGAAGUGCUGAGUAUUGUGAACAAUACGUGUCAUACUCCUGCAGGAUGUCACGAUUGUUGAACACUCCAGAUGGCAAUCCAUAUACUUGGUGGAUAGGAAGAGGAAAUGAGAAGCAUUAUUACUGGGGAGGUUCUGGUCCUGGAAUACAGAAAUGUGCUUGUGGGAUUGAGCGAAACUGCACCAAUCCAAAGUAUUACUGCAACUGUGAUGCUGAUGCCAAGCAGUGGAGGAAGGAUUCUGGACUCCUUGCUUAUAAAGAUCAUCUUCCAGUAAGCCAGGUAUUAAUUGGAGAUACUGGGCGCUCGGGAUCCGAAGCUAAGCUCGCUGUUGGCCCACUACGUUGCCAAGGAGACAGAAACUAUUGGAAUGCUGCCUCAUUCAAUACCCCUUCCUCUUAUCUCCACUUCUCAACUUUCCAUGGAGAGACCAGCGCUGACAUCUCAUUUUACUUCAAGACCUCAGCACCUUAUGGAGUAUUCCUCGAAAAUCUGGGUAACACAGACUUCAUAAGGCUUGAAUUGAAAUCACCAACUGAUGUGGCAUUUUCAUUUGAUGUGGGGAACGGCCCAGUCGAACUUACAGUGAGAUCCCCAAAUCCUUUGAAUGAUGACCAGUGGCAUCGAGUCAUUGCUGAGCGCAAUGUAAAGGAAGCAAGCCUUCAAGUAGAUCUACUCCGCAGGGACUUCAGGAAGGCACCAACCCAGGGUCACACCAGGCUAGAACUCUACAGUCAACUCUAUGUGGGUGCUGCAGGUGGUCAGCGGGGUUACCUUGGAUGCAUCAGAUCUUUGAGGAUGAAUGGUGUCACCCUCGACCUAGAGGAGAGAGCAAAAAUUACUCCUGGAGUGAAACCUGGCUGCUCAGGUCAUUGUACCAGUUAUGGCAUGUACUGUCAAAAUGGUGGGAAGUGUGUGGAGAAAUAUAAUGGCUACUCAUGCGAUUGCAUGCGGACUGCAUAUGAUGGCCCCUUCUGUACAAAAGAUGUCGGUGGAUUUUUUGAGGCUGGGACCUGGAUCCGCUACAAUUUCCAGUCUCCUGCAGAUUCACCCAAGGAAUUCAAGAGUGCACCACAACCAGCAAACUCCAACCUUACCUUGACCAAAGAGGAUCUGGUUUUCAGUUUCAGCACUACCAACACUCCUAGCAUCUUACUCUACAUCAGCACCUAUUCACCGGAUUACAUGGCUGUUAUUCUGAAACACAAUGGAAGUCUGCAGAUUCGCUAUAACCUUGGAGGUACAAAGGAGCCAUACAGAAUUGACCUGGAUCAGAGGAACUUGGCUAAUGGACAACCACAUAGUGUUAACAUCAGUAGACGUGGAAAGGAACUACGCCUUCAGCUGGACCAUUAUCCCCCAGUUCCUUAUAGCCUUCCAGCAAGUUCAGAUAUCAAGUUUAAUUCUCUGAAGACCCUGUUCCUGGGAAGAGUAGUGGAAAUUGGAAACAUUGACCAAGAGGUGCAGAAAUAUAAUACUCCAGGGUUUGUUGGCUGCCUGUCGAGAGUUCAGUUUAACCAUAUUGCACCACUCAAGGCUGCAUUGAAACCCAGUCCUUCUUCUCAAGUCAAUGUCCAAGGAGAAUUUGUUGAAUCUAAUUGUGGUGCAUCCCCUUUAACCAUUCCACCGAUGCCAGCUGCAACAGAUCCCUGGCAUUUUGGCUCAGCUAGUGCAGAAUUUCCAUAUAAUGAAGAGACCGCCAUCACAGAUGGAGUAAAUCGAAAUUCAGCAAUUAUUGGUGGUAUUAUUGCAGUUGUAAUCUUCACCAUCCUUUGCACAUUGGUCUUCUUGAUCCGUUAUAUGUUUCGCCACAAAGCCUACCAUACCAACGAGGCCAAGGGGGCUGAGUCUGCUGAAAAUGCCGAUGCAGCUAUCAUAAACAAUGAUCCUAACUUCACAGAAACCAUUGACGAGAGUAAAAAGGAAUGGUUCAUCUAGGAUGACUUUGGGAAGGUUUUCUUCUUGUGUAUUUUGGCAAUUCAGGAAAGAUCAGCACAAAUGAACCAAAAUGAAAUACAGGAAAAAAAAACAAACAGAAAAUAAAAUUUAAAAUAAACCUAAAUAUAUGAUUCUAUGGAUUGCCACCAGUUUUGACAGCAAUUUUCCCCGAGUAUGUGAAUACUAAUCAGAAUACAUUUACACUUCAGAACAAAAAGCUGAUAGUAUAGAUGAUUACACAUAUGCCAAAUACCCAUUGUAAAUAUGUUUUAUGUAGAUCAUACAAGUAUACAGUUUGUUUUUGUUGCUGAAGAAGCUUAUGAAGUUGCUGUAUUUUACAAAGAAAACAGGUAAAUCAUCAUUGCCAGAGUUUGUGAAAAGAAUGAUUUGGCAUGCUGUGGUUAAAACAACUUGCUUCUUUUUUAAAAAAAAUUUACCAUUUUAAGCUGGUUGCAUAUUUCGUAUCUUUUUCAAUUAUUGUUUAGUUGUUAAAAAAAGGCUUGUUUUUGUAGAGGUACUUGACAGAUAAGAAAUAAAUAAAAUGGUCACAGAGAUUUACAUUUGGACCUAACUUUUGUGUGUAUAUGGGGGAGAAAUGGUGACCAGAGUGCAUGAUGAGAGCUACCAGAGUUCUCUCCUCACCCACGGUGCCCACGGCAACCGACAAGGUACUGAGAUGUACACAGCAAAUAAUGUUAACUUUUCAUUUGUAUUGCCUAAUGAUUUCUGUCCUUAACCUGUUGUCACUGUAUAUAUUUUUUUAUUAUAUUUUAUAAAUGUUCAUUAUCUUGUCCAUUUCUAGCCUUUAUGGUAAAACUUUGUGCAGUGCCAGUAAACAUUGUUUCUGCUAUUAAGAAAUCGCUGCAUUGGCAGGGAGAAAGUCGCUGCUACAAACUAGUCCAAUGAGGUAGAGCAGAAUUUUAUUUUGCAUGUUUAGGGACUCCAGAAUAUUUACAUUGUGAAAGCUCCGAAGUUACCUGUAUUUGCCUUUGGACUGAUGGGGGACGUGAUCCAUUGUAUUCUAAUUAAAAACCACACUCUUACACAUGGUGUUUUCUGUUCAGGAAUUUAGGAUAGUUUAUAAAUUUUUAAAUUUCCAAAUUGUGUCAUGCCUUAUUUAAAGUAUGUACUGUAGUUUGGUUAAAAGAAAAGGGUGGGUGGGAGGAAAAGAACAAUAUUAAAGCGCCUUGCUGUAAAUGUU